AUGACUUUUCCCGAGGAUUUCAUCGGGAAAAUUGGCAAAAUGCAAGAUCGCCGUGCCGUCACCUCGGGCCAUGUUUGUACAGCGUGUCACAAUGACAUCAUCGACGCUUACUAUAUGCGUGUUCAGCCGAACAUGGAGUUCCACUCGACGUGUUUAAAGUGCGUCGAGUGUCAACGUUUUCUCGACGAGUCGGGCACCACGUUUAUCAAAGAUGGACGAACCUAUUGCAAAGACGAUUACUACAGACGCUUUGGCCAAAAAUGCACUCGAUGUGCCCGAUUUUGCACAAAAAACGAAAUGGUGAUGCGAGCGAGACACCUCCUCUUCCAUGCCGAUUGCUUUUGUUGUGCGAGUUGUGAGCGACGGCUUUGCACUGGUGAUCAGUACACGGUCCGAACCGAUGGGGUCUUCUGUGCGCCCGAAUGCCAGGUGCCCUCGUUGACUCCUUUGGGCGUCCAGCUACCGAACUCUCUGCCGACUUCGCUCGUCUCCCUCCCCACAAACAACAACAAUACGCCGGCGCCGUUGCAUGAGAAUCGAAUCUCUUCUCCAUCCUGUGGCUUUGACGAGGACUCGUGGGAGACGUCAACGCUCGCGUCGGGCGAUGGCGGCAAUACAACUUCUCCACCGUUAUCAUUGAGAUCCCCAAAAUCCGAUGAAGGCAGCACACAUAUCAGCUCAGGAAAGAAAAGCAAAAAGGAUAAACAGACGACUCGUGUCCGUACAGUGCUCAAUGAGGCACAGUUGGGGAUUCUGAAGAAAUGCUACGCAAUGAACGCCCGACCAGACGCUUUGUUGAAGAGUUUUCAGGAACAGCUGGUCGAGUUGACAGGGCUGAAUGCACGCGUGAUUCGAGUUUGGUUCCAAAACAAGCGCUGCAAGGACAAGAAACGCCAAAUUCAACUCCGAGACAUGCAAGUGAACGCAGAAAAGGAGGCGGCCCUAUCCGGUAUUCGGCUGCAUGGCGUCGGCCCACUCAUCGCCGUCUCUCCAUCAUCUCAUCUAUCCGAUCUCACUCUCCCACCACCACUCGACAUCCAUCAUUUCGCUCAAUGGCCACAAGAACAUCAACAACAACAACCAUUCCAUCAGCCACAUCAUUUGGCGCCUUUCUCAGAAGAUCAUCAAAUCGGCGUGCCGAUCGGACUCCCACCACCAGGGUUCGUCUCACCGCUGCAAUUCCCGCAAUUCUCUUCCCCAUCCCAUCAUUCUCACAUGCAUCCCAGUGAUUUAGCGUCUCCAUCGUGCAGUGAA